AUUAUUAUUUCUCAACCACAUUGCAUUGUAAUUUAGAAAGAAUUGAAGUAAUAUGGCUUACUCAAGGUCAUUUAUGUUUCUUGGUGUUAUUCUUUUUGUUAUUCUCUCAACUCAAGUUUUAGAUGCAAAUCAUGUACCCGAGCCUUCUAAUACUAAGCCGAUGGCCAGCAUGCACAGUCAUUUGAUGUUUUCGGAAUCUGAUUUGAUGACUAUUCAUGAAAAUUUGAUGAAGAAGUAUGAUGCUAAAACUAUUCUCAAACGCCAAAAAAUUCUAAAUGAUGUAUUUGACAAGAAAAAUGAAGUUUCUAUCAGUGGUGAAGAAGAGAAAGUUUUCUUAGACGAUAAGGAAGACAAAUUACAAAAAAGUGUCGACGAAAAUGAUGUUUCAAAAAAUCAUGAGGAGGAUAAAGUUUCUUUGAGUGACGCAGAAGAUAAAGUUACCAAAGGUAAUCAUGAAGGUAAAAUUUCUAAAAAUGACAAUGAAGAUAGUGCUCGGGAGAGGGAUGACGGUCGUGCUCGGGCGAACAAGGAGAUGGAGGCGGCCGAGGAGCUGGUUAUGAAGUUGAAUGUCCUGUACGAGGAGUUGAAUACGCUCAAUAACCAUAUGUUAGAUUUAAAGGAAAGGUUGAUGUUGUAAUUUAAUGUUUUUUUAUGUGCCAGCGUUAUGCUCGCCUUGAAGGCACCUUAUGAUGUACCUCUUGACAAUAUGCAGCUGCUUUAUGUUAUUGUACUUUGGUUUUUCUUUUUA